AUUUUCUUUCCUUUUAUGUUUGAUUCCCUUUGCCACUGUAAAUUAAUGGCUUCUAUCCCUUUUCCACUGUAAAUUAAUAGAGUUAUUGAAAUGGGUUACAAACUUAGCCAUAUACUUCGGAAAAUCUGUGAAACCAUUUAAAACAGAAGGGCGGCAACAGCAAUUCAAUGGGACAUUUUGCUGCAGGCUGAAGGAAAAGAAAUGUGAAUAAAGCCCUGAAACACAGGCUGGAAGAAUCGAAAAGAAAAUUUUAAAAAUGACGUGCAGAGGUCGACCCUCAAUUCUCCCAUUUCUUCCAUUAAUCAUUCGCGGUACAUCGUUUUUCUGGCCUCCCGGGACACAAUACGCACUGAAAACAUUAUCCAGAGGUCCGAGCGCAAGUUUCGUUGACUCCGGCGAAACACUAUUCGACUUCAUAGCCCGUAUCCGCCAGACAAUCGGUCUAAAACAAGACGGCCUCUGUCCAUUCGUAGACAAAGGAUAUGCUCUUUUCUUCGACGAUUUGAUAUCCCGGGGCGAUUCCCGAAGAUGGUUCGAGCAAACUCUGCCUUGGGUGGCAAGGUUAUUGUUGCAGUUCCCAGUUAUUCUGGAAAAUCAUUACAAGGAAGCUAAUAAUAAUUUGAGUUUUAGUAAUGAAGGGAGCUGUGAUAGUUCAGAAGAAGAGAAUAGUGUAAUUAACUUGGAUACAAGUCUUCACAUUUUGCAGCCCCAGCAGGCAGGGAUUGUGUUGCUCAGUCAGGAAUUGGUAGCAGCUAUCUUGGCCUGCAACUUUUUCUGUCUUUUUCCAAAGGCGCAGAGAUGGAAGAAUCAGCUACCAGAUAUAAAUUUUGAUCGUUUAUUUGCGGGUCUUUGCACAGAUGGUGAGAAACAAGAACACAAAAUAAAGUGCAUCAUCCAUUAUUUUGAGCGCAUUUGCUCUGAGAUGCCAUGUGGUGCAGUAUCUUUUGAAAGAAAAGUACUUCCAUUCAAAGAUGAUAAUUUUUCCAUUUUGUAUCCUAAGGUUAAUUAUUGGAGUGAAUCCAAGGUUCCUCUCUGCACUCUUAAGGUUAUGGAAACAGGUACAAUUGAAGAUCAUGAAGAAGAGGCUUUGGAAGUGGACUUUGCUAAUAAAUAUCUUGGUGGUGGUGUACUUGGUCAUGGCUGUGUUCAGGAAGAGAUUAGGUUUCUGAUCAACCCUGAGUCAAUUGCGGGCAUGCUGUUUUUGCCUGCUAUGCAAGUUAACGAGGCUAUUGAAAUUGUGGGUGCAGAAAGAUUUUCAGAAUAUCACGGGUAUGCUUCUACAUUUCGCUUCGCUGGUGAUUACAUUGAUAAUAGUCGUCGAGAUUUUUGUGGUAGGCGAGAAACAAGGAUUGUUGCAAUUGAUGCACUUUGUCACCCUGGGCAAAGUCAAUUCAAACUUGAAAUGAUAAAACGGGAAGUGAAUAAAGCUUUCUGUGGAUUCUUGGACCAUGCAAAGAUACACAGACAUUUUAGAUCCUCCAAAAAACAAAAUGUCCAAGGUGACAGUCUUGCAACUGCAGAUUUCCAAGAAUGCUCAAAUAGCAUUGACAAUGAUUUAUCCACAAGUGUCAAUCAACAACUGGAAAAUGGAGGACCUUCUCUGGUUAAUGAUGAGGCUUUAGAUGACAUUUCUCAACAAAUGAGUCCAGGAAGAGAAAAAGAUGGCAUGCAGUAUAUACAUUCACUCCCUUCCGAAGAUAAAAUUGGCAUAGCAACUGGCAAUUGGGGGUGUGGAGCAUUUGGUGGUGAUGUUGAACUCAAAAGUAUUCUCCAGUGGCUUGCGGCAUCUCAAGCUUUACGACCUUUUGUUUUGUAUUACACAUUCGGGGAGGAAUUUUCUAAAAGACUUAUAAUGUUCGCAGAAUGGGUCACAUGCCAUUGUUGGACUGUUGGAGAACUUUGGGAUAUGUUGAUUGAAUACUCGAGACUAAGAUCAACAGGGAAAACAUAUGAUAGCUUCUUUAAUUGGGUUCUUCCACAUCUGAAUGGAGAUACAGAAUGCAAAGAAUAAGGAUGGAGAAAUUUACAUUUUUGCUGCAUUGCGUGGAAGUUAGCUUGAUUGGACCAAAAAGUGUUAUGUGCAGGAAUGGUUGAAAUAUAAAACAUGUAUGCCAUGUGCAGCUAAAAUGCCAUAUAAUUGAAAAAUAAACUUUAAGGCAUUUCUUAGAAUUGUUCAACAAAAUUUGUACAUAUAAAAAAGAUUUACUUUCUUGAACAAGUCUCGGGAAGGAUUACAAUGCUGAUAUUAACUAUAGUGUAGAAAAUGGUUUGUUAAUCAUUUUAAAAGUGAUGGCAUUGUAAAUAAGUUGAUAGAAGAUAGUUUAUACUUUAUAAUUGAACUUGCAGCCUUGUUUAAAUAAAUGUUCCAUUAACAGCUUCUAUGAGAUGAAGAUCAAUGCUAUCAGGCUGAUUUUUCUCC